AUGGAAGGAGGCGACGCGGGGACCCCCAGUUCCGCAGCCGCCGCGACAACGAACAUGUUCUCGCUGGCGGGGCUGCGAGCCGCCUUGCGGGCCGUGCCCGAGGCCCCGGAUCCCGCCUCACUGGGCUACCUGCAGCUCCCGUGGCAGCGCGAGUCGCGCGUGUGCAAGAUCGUCGGCCGCCGCCGCAGGGCCGCCCGGCUGCACCGCAAGGUGGGGCCUCUGGGCAAGGAGAUCCACGCUUUAAAAAGGUUGAGAGAAGCGGCGAAUUCUAAUGAUUUAGGAACAGUGCAGCAGCUUCUGGAAGAUGGGGCGGACCCCUGCGCUGCAGACGACAAAGGGCGGACGGCGCUGCACUUCGCUUCCUGCAAUGGGAACGACCAUAUUGUUCAGUUGCUUUUGGACCAUGGAGCUGACCCAAACCAGCGAGAUGGAUUGGGGAACACACCCUUGCAUUUGGCUGCCUGCACGAACCAUGUUCCUGUCAUCACCACACUGCUCCGUGGAGGUUCUCGUGUAGAUGCCUUGGAUCGGGCUGGAAGGACCCCUCUGCACUUGGCCAAGUCAAAGUUGAACAUCUUGCAGGAGGGCCUCUCGCAGAACCUGGAAGCUGUGCGCCUUGAAGUGAAGCAGAUCAUCCAGAUGUUGCGUGAAUACCUUGACCGUCUUGGCCGUCACGAACAGCGGGAACAGCUGGAUGAUCUUUGCACCAGGCUACAGAUGACUAGCACAAAAGAACAAGUGGACGAAGUCACUGACCUCCUGGCUAGCUUCACCUCGCUCAGCCUGCAGAAGCAGAAGAUAGAGAAGAGGUAAUGGGCUUUCCUGAAGACCUCUCAGUCAAAGGGAGAAGCCUACGCAGAAGGAGCGGCCAAAGCUCAUCAGCAAGACUUUGGACCUGCUGCUGCCACUGCCGGUCCCAAGCAUGCUUUUCCUACUGGAUGCAUGCCAAACUGUCUGAAACCAUUGGGCUGCUAACACUGCCUUGGAUUCUUCCUCCUGGACGAGGAGUUCAUGCUGAGGCCAUGAUCCUGGGGCCAUCGGGCCACUCUUCGUCAUCAUCAUUAUUGGUUUUUUAAGCAUCAGGACCGCUGUUCUCAUCAAUGGGGUGUUGGCCCACUUUAGGGACACCGUCCUCCUGGAAGCAUCUUCAAGGUCCUGCAAGCGACAGAUCCAAAGUACUCCAAGCACAUUUGGGAAAAUGACAGCUGUCAGGCACAUGAUUGUGUGCGGGGUUUGUCUGCCAUUAAUUCCCAGUAUUUAAGCACAUUAAUUAUUGAGCAUUUGUAGGAAUGGGGUGAGGCUCUAUGCUGGUUUCUUUUCUUUUCUUUUUUUUAACUUGUUGCACAUUUUGACCUGAGAAAGGACUGAAGGGCCAGUGAUGCUAACUGUGCCCACUGCUGAGAUAUAAAAGAGCUCAUUCGCCUUCUCUCAGUGGAGGCUGGAAGCUCUGAUGACUGGAGCGGUGAAUCCACUCCAGGUUUCAGUCAGAACCACUCAGGAACUCUAAAGGAGCUCUCUGAGCACCUUGGAUGGCUCCUUUAGAGUUCUGGCUGAAAUCCAGAGUGGAUUCACUGCCCCACCGGCAUUGGAGCCCUCAGCUCCCACUGCCUUCUCCUCCACGCAACAGCAGCAUAUGAUGUGACAAGACUUCUUCCAUAGACACACCUCAACUACUCACUCCUAUUUCCUGCCUUUUGGCUCAUGCACGGGAGUCGGAAGCUGAGAUGUGUACGGACAGAACUCUGCCAAAGCACUUCUUGCUCAUACUGAAGAGAGGCAGAGGGAAGAGCGGGGAAGAGCUCUUUUUCUGCUGCAAAAUAAAAGGUUCCUUUAGAUUGGGGCCCGAUGGGAAUCCCAUUGAAAGACUGAAGUGAAUCCCACCCGCACCCCCUGCGUAGUCUUACUCUGUGCCACUCCUAUGGCUUUCUGUCUCUGUCAGCUAACGUCCUCCAUCGGCAACAGAAGACAGAGAUGGAAGUAAUAUGGAACCCACAGGGUAUUGCUAAGGGCUGCUUACAACACUACUUUGCUUCCUGCAAGGACGUAUCCCCGCUUCAGACGUAACUGCAAGCGACAACGAACUGUGUUAAGAUGCAUCAGGAGCAGACGCUUUAAAUCUUCUCCCUGCACAUGUGAGAAAGGGGGUGGGGAGAGUGUGAGGCUUGUGCUGGUAAGACUGAGUCAAACCAGGCUGUAGUUGCCUACUAGGACAGAGGUGUUGAACGUCAAGCCCAUGGGACAAAACCAGCCCUCUGGGGUUCCCCCUAGAUGGCCACACCCCCUUUCCCCAGUCACCAAAUGUUGGGUGGCAUCCAGGGUUUUGUGUGGUUCCCCCCCCCCUUUCUACAAGCUGAAACGCCCUUCCUAAGGUUUAGUUACUAGCACUAAGGCCUUGAAGCUAAAAUGUAACUGGUAUUUUGCCUCUACUACUUUUGCCUUGGACCCCCACGGAAAUGCGACCCCAAACUUCUCCAAAAUGGAAUUUGGCCCUCAGGUCCAAAGAGGUUCAACAUCCCCCUGGGUGGCGGGAACAGAGAUAGUGUAAGGAAACGCAGAGGAGAAGACCAUUGAUGCUUCCUUGAUGAUGCCAUCAUACUUCGCUUUGGUUGAGCCGGCCUUGGAAAUGCAUCUCCCUGUUGGUGAGAUCCUCCUAUUGUGAGGGCUAUUGAAACAAAAGGGGAAAAAAAGAUUUAAUGGACCAGUGCUCAGUAUGAGAGAUCAAGGACUCCUCAUAUACAAAGGUAUGGGCUGGAUGCUCUGUACAAACCCUCAAGGAUGUAGUUGCCUCAUAAAAGCAUGUUUUGACUUCAGCCACCCACAAUCAUGGAAAGGGGGGGACGCAGGGGGUGUAUUCAGCACAUCCUUCUAGGAGUCAAGGCCUCGCUUUCUGCAUCAUUAAAAUCCCAAGCUCUUAUUACAACUUUUUUUUUUAAUUGUGCUGCUUUUUGUGACAGAUGAAAAUAACUGGAUCAUUCUCUCUCAACCGGGCGCCCUCCAGAUGGGCCCUGGACUACAGCCCCCAUCCUCCUCCUGACUGGGGGAUGAUGGCAGUUGUAGUCCAGCCCCGUCUGGAGGGCACCAGUUUGGGAAUGUCUGCUUUAGCUAGAGGUCCAAAUCUUGGCUUUCGUGACCUGGACAGCUUUGAUAGGAGACUCUUGAACGCUCAGGGGAAGGACGUUUGGGGCUGACAUGGCUGUGACCUUGCUGGAGCCAUCACCGCGAAUGCCGAACCUUGUUCCAGUAUGUAAGGAGGGUAGGAGGCUAUUUGAACUUUUCAGUUGUAAAUGUCAAUAAAAUGCUGUCUGCUUUCAGAGU